CGGAAACGGAAGCGCAGGCGGAAGUGCAGAGAGUGCCGAGCGUCGCGUCGCUCCGUGCAAACUGUUGCGUUGCGUUGAGCCAGCCACCAAGCUGGUCGCCGUUGUCGUUGUCGGUGUUUGUUUUAGUGGCAUUUAGUUGGCGGCGAACAAUUAGCAAAGUUGCCAUAGUAGACCGAAUUAUCCGACAAAUUUAAUGAAAAUGGUAAACAUUAAACAUUGAAGGCGGCACGCGGAGUGAAAGUAAGCCCUGAAAUGGCACAGCAACAGCGCAGCUGGGACGAGGGUGCAGUUGGCGGAGGAGGUGGUGGCUCCUAUGGGCAUCCCCACUCCUCGCACCACAAGGUUCCAGCGCGGGCCGCCAGCAAUCCGUUGCCCUGCAAGGGAGCCACUCCCAAGCUGCCCAGACAAUACCACGGUGGUGGCAACUCCGGCUACAGCUACGGUGGCUACGAGACUCCACGGAGUCCCAAAAUCACCACCACCUUUGCCAACGAUAGCUGCGAUGAUGGCAGUAGCUCCACUCCGAGCUCCUACUAUCAGACACCUUCAUCCGGCUCCAUAGACGACUCCGCCUCCCUGCUCAGUGGACGCACCACCGCCCGUAGUCCCAAGUCGCCCUGUCAAUUCGUUUUCGAUGCAGUGAGUCCUAGUCAUGGGCGAAAGUUUGAGUACUACGAGCCCAUCUCUCCAGACGACGGAGCCCUGUACUAUGAUCCUCCAAGUUCACCGCGUCGUCAGGGCUCCAAGAAACUAAUGCGGGCCAAGACGCCGCUGGAACCGCUGCCCCAGCUGACCACCACCGGGGUGGACGAGGGCAUGGCCAUGGCCAUGGCAAUGGGAGGCUCAGGCGGAGCAGGCAGGGAGAACAAGCGGCAGCGGGACGAGUGGGAACUGCCGGUGAUUAGCAAAAUUGAGGCCCGUAACCUGAGUGCCGUUGCCUCCGGCUCAGGAGGAGCUGGCUCCUCUGGUGGCAACUACUAUGGUCUGAAGAGGGAUUCCUGCGUCACUGACUGCACCCAGUUGUCCAUGGAAUCCGGCGAGACGGGCACUCAGCACACGAACAGCACUAUGGUGACACACACCACCACUAGCUUUAGCUUUACGGAGCCAGAGAUGGACCCGCACCAGGAGGGAUCCGCUGCCGGGAGGCCCCAAUCGAAUCGCCAGCGCCGGCAUGCGAUCAACAUCACCUCGAAUCCCGGUUACCAGGUGCUUCACAGCUCCCACUCCACUCUGGAUCGUACCUGCUCCGAUAGCGUGGUCUCUUUGCGUUAUCGUAAGUCCACCAGUGACCUGACCCAGGAUGCCGACCACGAGCUGAGCGGCUGCAAGCCGGCCAAGCCCAAGCGGGAUCCUGCACACGUGGAGCACAAGCCGCGUCGCAGGGGCAGCUCCAAAGGUGGACUGGCCUACCUGGCCAGCAGGCGCAGCUCACGGGAAUCCAUGAAGAGCGCCUGCUCCAAUGCCUCGAUAGUGUCCAACGACGACGUGGGUCCUUUAGCCUUCCAGAGCUCCAACCGGGGCCGUCAGCGUCGGACCUCCAACUUUCUUGAGUUGCCAGUUCCCGACCAUGUUAGACCCCGGGUCUGCUCCCUCCCAGAGCGUCCAUACAAUCCGCGGGCCAGCGAUGACCUCUACCGCCUCCGGCACUUCUCCAUCAGCAAGGGCAACGUGGUCAACUGCGGCGACUCCAUCAUCUCGAGGAGGUCUCGGAGCAACACCAGCGUAAACUCGACCAACAGUCGGGCCAGCGAACGGUCGCCCUUCGAGGGCAGCUGCUGUGGCGCCGGCUAUGCCAACGUGGACUCCCUGCCGGCCUCACCGGAUGACUCCGAGAACCUGGAGCCACCACCUCCGGCCAGAUACCGAGUGGUGAUGCUCGGCGAUGCCGGCGUGGGCAAGACGGCGCUGGUCAACCAGUUCAUGACCUCGGAAUACAUGCACACCUACGAUGCCAGCCUGGUUUUAGACGACGAGUUCGGCGAGAAGACGGUGAGCGUGCUCCUGGACGACGAGGAGUCGGAGAUGGUCUUCAUCGACCAUCCCAGCGUCGAGAUGAGCGUGGAGAACUCCCUGUCCACCUACGAGCCCCAUGGCUGUGUCGUAGUCUUCUCGGUGGUGGAUCGCAGCUCGUUCCGGGUGGCCGAGGAGAUCAUCAACUACCUGUGGCAGGAGAACUACACCAAGGACAAGGCCGUCAUCCUGGUGGGCAACAAGGCGGACCUGGCCCGCGCUCGCCUCAUCACCUCGCAGGAGGGCAAAGCCCUGGCCGCCUCACGCGAUGCCAAAUUUAUUGAGACGUCCAGCGGCAUACAGCACAACGUCGAUGAGCUGCUGGUGGGCAUACUGAAGCAGAUGCGCCUAAAGGAGAAGCGCGAGAAGAAGGCCACCGCUUCCAAGAUGAAGACCUCGCGCACUCACAUCUCCCUGCAUUUGGCCAAGGAACUGCUGCAGAAAAUCUGUCUCAGUGACAUUUCCAAGUCCAAGAGCUGUGAGAAUCUGCACGUGCUGUAAGGACAACCAACAUGUGCUGCUCCCAGGUUCGUCCUCGCGGAAUUCUAUGUGUAUGUGUGUGUGUGUACAAAGGAGAAUUUUAUCAAAAGAGCGGCUGGCUGCCUGGCAAAAUAUUCCAAAUGCCAUUCGACGGGGGCACAGAUGUGUUCAUCUCCGUUUAUUAAAAGUUUAAUGCCGGGUCGCAGUCGCAGUCUCUGUCUCAGUCUUGGUCUUGGUCUCGGCUUUUUCGGCAAGUCAUUGGCUGUGGUCAGGCCUCCUCCUGCCCAGCGAUAAUCCGCUUGUUUAUGGCGGAUGUUUUGGAGUCUAUGUGCUGGGAUUAUCAUGACCAGACGAAGGCCGGACUGAUAAGAGAGCCAACGAGGCGUGUGCAGCCUCCACCCCGAAAAAAAACAAAAAAAAACCAAAAAGAUAGAAAUGCUG